AUGGGUAAAAUAACUGUUCUUUUGGCUGGUGACUUCAGACAAUCAUUGCCUGUUGUGCCACGAGGUACCCGUGCAGAUGAGGUCAAAGCCUGUCUAAAACCAUCAAUUUUGUGGCCCCAUAUCAGCGUGCUAUCUUUAAGACUUAAUAUGCGCGUUCAUCUGCAACAUGAUUCGAGAGCAGAAGAAUUUUCUAAGCUACUACUUAAUAUAGGUGACGGACAGAUUUCGCAAGUUGAAGGUAGAAUACAUAUUCCGGAUAGCCUUAAUAUUGUUGGGGAUUUAAUCACCUUGAUUGAUAAAAUAUACCCAAAUAUCCAUCAGAUUGAAGUUGGUUGCACUUCGUGGUUAACAGAAGGAGCAAUUCUCGCUGCAACAAAUGACUCCGCAACAACUUUAUUUUAG